CACGGAGAGGAAACACGGGUCGGGCGCUGCCGCUUUCGCUUUCACCGAGAAGAAAGAGGCGAAGCGGCGAUGGCGCUCCUCGACGUUUGCAGGCUGGAGCGCGGCGCCUGGGACUGGAACCCGCUGGGAGGAGCCGCCACCCCGCGGCCGGGGGCACCCGGGCAUUACGCCUUCGGGGCAGAGAAGCCCCAGAUCGCCGUGCCCCCUGGGAGGCAGCCUUCUGAGUUCCUGCAGACCCACUGCGAGGGCAGCGGCAGCAACGGGCAGCGGAUUGAGCUGGAGCAUGGCACCACCACCAUGGCCUUCACUUUCCAGCAUGGCGUCAUCGUCGCCACCGAUUCCCGGGCAUCGUCCGGCAGCUACAUCAGUGCAAAGGUGGCCAACAAAGUCAUUGAGAUCAACCCCUACUUGUUGGGCACCAUGUCUGGGAGUGCUGCAGAUUGCCAGUACUGGGAGCGACUCCUGGCCAAACACUGCAGGUUGUACUACUUACGCAACAAGGAGCGAAUCAGCGUCUCGGCUGCUUCCAAACUGCUGGCCAACAUGCUUGUUGAGUACAGGGGGAUGGGGCUGUCUGUGGGGAGCAUGCUGUGCGGCUGGGACAAGAAGGGACCUGGACUUUACUACAUAGACGAUAACGGGGUACGCCUGGGUGGCCCCCUCUUUUCCACGGGAAGUGGGAACUGCUAUGCCUAUGGGAUCCUGGACAGCGGCCAUCGCCCCGAUCUCAGUGUGGAGGAGGCCUACGAACUCGGCAGGAAGGCCAUCUCGUACGCAACCCACCGCGAUGCCUACUCAGGCGGUGUGGUGAACAUGUAUCACAUGAAGGAAGACGGCUGGAUCCGGGUCGGGCGCACAGAUGUCAGCGAUCUGCUCCACCAGUACGCCGAAGCCAAGAAGUGAGCGGCCGGGAACCACGAGGAACGUCGGCUGUGCUUCAACACUCAGGGGCGAAGGGCAGAAAGGGACAGAGCUACAUUUAUGACGGGGCAGCAAUAAAGUAUUUUCACUGAUAAA